AUGAAGACUGAAAUUUGUAGAUGGCUCAAGAGGUGUCACGUCCCCACCCACCAGCACAACUACGCCGCCUCCCCCUCCUCCAGGGUCGCGUACCCCUCGGCCAAAAGGUUAAAGCUGGACAGUGGCCGGGUCCUAAAACAGAUCAGCAACAACCGCAAAUGCGCCAGCCCCCGCACGUCAGACUCGGAAGAGAACGACAAGCGGCGGACGCACAACGUCUUGAACGAGCUCAAGCUGAGCUUCUUCGCCUUGCGUGACCAGAUCCCGGAGGUGGCCAACAACGAGAAGGCCCCGAAGGUGGUCAUCCUCAAGAAAGCCACGGAAUACGUCCUGUCCAUCCAGUCGGACGAGCACAGACUGAUAGCCGAAAAGGAGCAGCAGCGGCGGCGGCGGGAACAGUUGAAAAGCAAGCUGCAGCAGCUUAGGAACUCUUCUUGUGUUUAA